AUGGGCAACACCGAGUCAUACGAAACACUGCGUCCACUGGCGCCCGUCACAGGGGGGUUUGGCCUGUAUCCCGAGAUGCUUGCAGGCGCUCCGACGACCUUGAUCCUUGAUGCGAACAUGCAGUGGACGAAGGUCCCAUUCAUCAUAUACACCACCACCGGCGUCCCCGUCAUGCAGUGUGUAGGCUACGACUUUUGGAACAAGAAGCUGGUGAUGCUCGACGCUGAGGGGAACCAUCUCUUCCGGCUGAAAACAAAGGCCUUCUCGUCAGCGAGGUACAUUGGCCAGGACGCCGGCGAGAACGAGCUCUUCCGGCUAUGCUCCCCAGGCCCCUUUACCCCGGGCUGGGACAUUCAGCUGAGCGACGUGUUUUCCGGCCGCGAGCAGACCCUCUUCAUCGACGGCUCGCACACGGCCAAGGUGGCAGACUGCGUUUUCAACGGUUCUCCCAUAGCGCGCGUCCAUCGCCGUGCGCGGCCAGGACAGGACAAGCCGUACGGGCGUGGCACUUACUGGCUCGAAAUCGCACCGGGCGUCGACAUGGCGCUGCUCGCAGCCAUUUGUAUCUGCUCGGACGAGAUUGCCAAGGCGGCCCGGAGGAACAGUCGCAACGCAUCGUGA